AUGAUUGUUCACCCAGAUAUGAUCAAAUCAGCAUCUGCUACCACUUCGGUGGCCCCAAUUCCCACUGUCAUCCCAACCCCUCCCAUCUUCGUCAAUGCCGGUGAUACUGGUCAAAGAACUCUAUGGGUUGUGGUUGUGUUGAUGGCACUAUCCUCAAUUGCCUUCUAUGCCAUGGCAUUCCGUGUUCCAGUUCAAAAACGUCUUUUCCACAUCUUGACAGCUUUGAUCACCACAUUUGCAUUCCUCUCGUACUUCGCCAUGGCCACGGGUGAUGGAAUCAACUACCACGGAUACACUGUCACCGAAACUCACAAGAAGGUCCCAGACACUCACCAGGACUACUACCGCCAAGUUUACUGGGCCCGAUACGUCGACUGGAGUGUCACCACCCCACUUCUACUUCUCGAUCUUGCUCUUCUGGCUGGUCUCAGCGGUGCCAAUAUUCUCGUUGCAGUCAUUGCCGAUGUUAUCAUGAUUUUGACCGGUCUCUUUGCUGCUUAUGGCAAGACUGAUGGGGCCAAGUGGGGAUGGUAUGCGUGGGCCUGUAUUGCCUAUCUCGUCAUUGUCUAUCAGCUUGCUUCUGCUGGCCGUACCGCAGUUGCCAACAAGGAUAGCAAGACCAAGGCUUUCUAUGGUUCCAUUGCUGGAUUCACUCUCAUCGUCUGGACCGUCUACCCAAUCAUUUGGGCCCUUUCUGAGGGUGCCCACAUCAUUGGAGUUGAUGCUGAAAUCCUCGCUUAUGCUGUCCUCGAUAUUCUUGCCAAACCAGUCUUUGGUUUCUGGCUUUUGUUCACCCAUGACAGCAUGUCAAGCACAUCUCCCUCACUCGAGGGAUUUUGGUCCAAUGGCUUUGGAAACCAAGGAACUCUCAGAGUUGGUGACGACGAUGAAGCAUAA